GCGAGACUGCUCACGUGACCUAGCAAGAUGGCGACCAUAAUGUAGAAUGGAUGUGUAUGAUUUGAACUAAGUGGGUGCGUUUUGGUGGAAAUUUGGAUCUGCUGGUUAAUUGUUCAUCAUAUCUGAGAAUCAAGAUGGCCCUAAAUGUCUUUGAUCAUGAUGAAUACAGGCCACCAGUGUGGAAGUCGUAUUUGUACCAGCUCCAGCAGGAGGCACCUCACCCACGCAGAGUCACCUGCACCUGUGAGGUGGACAACCGACCUAAAUACUACGGCAGAGAGUACCACGGGAUGAUCUCACGAGAAGAUGCCGACCAGUUACUGAGUCAGGCCGAAGGCAGCUACCUCAUCAGAGAGAGUCAGAGACAGCCGGGCACAUACACUCUGGCUCUACGGUUUGGGAAUCAGACGAGAAACUUCCGCCUCUACCAUGACGGGAAGCACUUUGUUGGAGAGAAGAGGUUUGAGUCCAUCCACGACCUGGUCACAGACGGCCUCAUCACACUCUACAUUGAGACGAAGGCAGCGGAGUACAUCGCGAAGAUGACCAUAAACCCCAUCUACGAACACGUGGGCUACACCACCCUGAACCAGGAGCCCACCUUGAAGAAACACCUGCCACAUAGUCCUGAGGCGCUCGAUGGACCUGCUCCGGCUAAAGAUGACUGCAACACCGAGGAGAGGCUCACAUCGCUGGUUCGGCGGGCCACCCUGAGGGAGAGCGACUUGGCGCCCAAGUACGAGAAGGUCCACAACUUCAAGGUUCAUACAUUCAGGGGCCCCCACUGGUGUGAAUACUGUGCCAACUUCAUGUGGGGUCUCAUCGCUCAGGGAGUGAAAUGUGCAGAUUGUGGGUUGAACGUUCACAAGCAGUGCUCCAAAGUUGUACCGAACGACUGCCAGCCGGACCUUCGGCACGUCAAGAAGGUGUACAGCUGCGACCUGACCACGCUGGUGAAAGCCCACAACACCAAGAGACCCAUGGUGGUCGACAUGUGCAUUCAGGAAAUCGAAGCUCGAGGUCUUCAGUCAGAGGGAUUGUACAGAAUAUCAGGCUUCAGUGAGCUGAUUGAAGAUGUUAAGCUGGCCUUUGACAGAGAUGGAGAAAAAGCCGAUAUUUCUUCAAAUGCUUACGAGGACAUCAACAUCAUCACCGGAGCCCUCAAACUCUACUUCAGAGAGCUGCCUAUUCCAAUCAUCACAUAUGAUGCCUACCCCCGCUUCAUAGAAACUGGAAAGAUUACAGACCCAGAAAAACGGCUGGAGUCCCUCCAUGAGGCCCUGAAGCUGCUGCCGCCGGCUCACUGCGAGACGCUGCGAUACCUCAUGGCUCACCUCAAGAGAGUGACCCAGUACGAGAAGGAGAACCUGAUGUCCAGCGAGAACCUGGGCAUCGUCUUCGGCCCGACGCUGAUGAGGGCCCCCGAGCUGGACGCCAUGACAGCGCUGAAUGACAUCCGAUACCAGAGACUGGUGGUGGAGACGCUCAUUACCAACGAAGACGUCCUGUUCUGAGGGGAGGAGAUGAAAUAAAUCCGCCGGUGAGGACAGAACAGGCAGACAGAUUUGUCCUUUUGUGAAAAGAUGGAAGAAAAAGUGACUCCUGGCAAGAACGUGAAGGAUCAACAUGCAAGACAACAGAGAGUCCUGCUAGAGAGGAUAAAAAGUACACUACCUGUUUUGUGGAUAAAUGGAGCAAUGAAGGAAGGGACUAAUUGCAAGGAAGAAAUUUUUAAAAAUAUCAAAAUCUCCCAAGAUACAGUGAAAAAGAAGAUGGUGGAAGGAUGCAGUGUUUCCCUAUGUUUUUCAUGUAAACAUUAGCAAAGCUUAAGGCAUUCAACAAACUGGAAGAUCCCAUAUCUAUGACAUUUCUGGAACACUGAACCCUACUUGAUAGAAAUUAAGUAUUACUGUCUUUCUUGAAGAGAUAAGGAUGAGAAAUAAGUAGCAUUGCAACAAGACUACUUAGUCUGUGGAGGGGAAACACUGUUUGUUCCACCUUUACGUUUCGGUCUUAAAUGAAUUCCUUGACAUGUUUUAUUCCUCUGGAGACUAAAAUAACCUGUCUGGUUUUUAGCAUUUGUGACUGAAACCAGAAAUGGUUGCAAGUGUCACCAGAUAUCGCUCAACUUUUUUUUUUCUUCCAGAUUCUGGUGAUAAGAAAUAGUUUUGUUUGCUUUCUUUUCCAUGGUGUCAAGGUGUCCAUUUAAUCAAGAACCAAGAAGCAGCACUGGCUUCGCAACAGCAGACAGCUGGAUGAAUGAAUGGAAGAAGUGAACUCAUAGCACGUACUCAUUCCUCUAAAUGCAGCUUAAGUGAUCUGGACCUAUUGUGUUUUCAUUCCUGUUUUUAAUUUACUGUACAGCUCCCUCUUCUGCUCUACUAGUUGUAACUAUACAGCAAUCUAACAUGAACAACUGUCAUUUUUUAGAUGCUUACAUGGAUAAAACAGUUCCCAGCUGCCCUUUUUGUGUCAUUUUUUAAAUUUUAGCUUGAAAAGUGUUUGGUUGCUGUGUAAUUGCACUCAUUUAUGGAGCUGAUGGAGUUGUGAAUUAACAUAUUUCCUCACUAUCUUUGAACCAGUCUUCUCACUCCCUCACCUGCCUGCCUCAGCUGAAAUAGAAAACCCUGGCAAAUGACAUUUACAAGCAAACAUAUGUAAAUUUAAAUUCAAUCAGCAUAUCUUCCCCCCCCCACAUUUGCAUCUACAAGCUAAAAUGUUGCUCCUGUCUGUAUGACCAGUAUUUGUCUGGCAGCUUUUCAUUUCAAAAGCUGUCAUGCAUCACACCAGCGGCAGGUGAAGAACAGAAGAAGGGUGCGUAAGUGACUUGAAACAUGAAUAUGUGAAUCAGUGCUUCACGUUGCUUUGGUUUGUCAUCCGUGUGAAGCAGUGUUGUAAUUAAGUAGUGUUAUGAAGCAGGCUGAUAAUUUCAAGGCCUGUCUGCUUUAUUGGCCUGAGUGGGAUCAUUCCAGCAGCCAAAUGCUCGGCUGCACCAGUCCUCCAGAUCAUUCGAAGGAUUUUAAUAUCCCAUCCCACAAAUCAAAGCAAAGAAGCUCAAUAAAACAGAAACUCAUAAUGUUAAUUACUUUGCAUCAGUGUUUGUCAUUCAGGUGGCGCUGGUGCUUCCCAUCUGUCACUUCUGUUGGCGAAAACAUAUCCAGCCGAUGCCAUUUAAUCUAACUGUGAAACUGGGAUAAUAAUAAUAAUGCUUACAUGGGAGAAACGUGGGUUGAUUUCUAGUUCUUUUUGACUUGUUUUCCUCUUUUACUUCUGCCUUGGACAGACAGAAAAUGAGAUUUUACCUGAAUAUAGGUUAGAGUAACGACAUGCCAUACAGAUGAUGUGAUAAAAGCAGUAUUAAUUGUACGACGAUGCUGAUAGUCGUCUGUGAUAUGAAGGAGUGUGUUUGCAAUGUUUUUUCUUUAUUUUUUUAAAACUAGUGCCAUUUGAAGGGAUGGAGGUGUAGAACAAAUGCCUUCUGCAUGUACCCCCACCUCAACAGAAACCCACUAAUCCCACCUUCUACAUAUUUCAACCCCCAUUUUUGUCGGGGGUCACUGAUUAACUUGUGUAGUGUCGACCCACCAGGCAUCAAGGCCCAUUUUUCAAAGCAGAGCUAAAAUUAAAUAUCAAUCAAAUGGAUGUAACAUAUAAUUAACAUCAGCAUUUUUCUAACAAACUUUGUUUUUCAUGUGUUCUUAACUGUUUUAUUUACUUAACCAUGUACUAACUAUUGUCAGACUAACUAAUGACAACUUGUGAGCCUUCAGUGAUCUGUGACACCUGCGUUUUUUUUUCAGCAUCAUGAAAUGUCUUUUUUUUUUAUUACUGUCAUUGCUGUAAAGUAUUUUCUAUUUGGUUUAUGCAUGGUGAAAUUAAAUUAUUAAAUAUG